ACGACGAAAAUAAAGCUGCUGACAAAUCAUCACCAAAGCAAGCCAAAUAAAUAUUUACCUCAGUACGGAGUACCAGAAUAAUAUAAAGCUAUAAUCUAGAGGACGCACUCUGUUCCAUUUGGGACACUGCCACUGCCACUAACCCUUGACUUCAAACAUCAUGACCAACAUCAACAUCCAAAUCAUCUCCGACACCGUCUGUCCGUGGUGCUACGUCGGCUACCGCCGUCUCUCCCGGGCCAUCACAGCCCACAAAGCCAGGUACCCAUCCGACACCUUCACGCUAACCUGGCACGCCUUCUACCUGAACCCGGCCUCGCCGGGGUACCCCGGCGUGGACAAGCGCGAGCUCUACGCCUCCAAGUUCGGCGAGGGCCGGGUCGCGGCGAUUUUCUCGCGACUCGCGGCCGCGGGCGAGACCGACGGCAUUGCGUUCAAGUUUGGAGGCAAGACGGGGAAUACCCGUGACUCGCACCGGGUGCUUUGGUAUGCGGGCUUGAAGGAGAAGGAGGCGGGGGCUCGAGGGGGUGCGGCUGCGACUAACGGGGACGCAAGCAAGGAGAAGGUGGGUGGGCUGCAGACGAGGGUCGCUGAGCAGUUCUUCCGCGCCUACUUUGAGGAGGAGAAGAAUAUCACGGAUCGGAAGGUGUUGGUUGAUUCCGCCGUGGCGGCGGGAUUGGACCGCGGGGAGGUUGAGAAGUUCCUGGAGUCUGGCGACGACGGAGGAAAGGAAGUUGACCUCGAGGCCGAACGAGCGCGACGUCGCUUGGUCACUGGUGUCCCGUAUUUCACCGUGCAAGGGCAAUAUGCCAUCGAGGGCGCGGAUGAGCCGGAAACCUUCCUGGAGGUGUUUGAGAAAGUGAAGCAAAUCUCUUAAUCUAGGAAAUCUCUAGAAUACUUAUUGAACACGUCUAAUGUUGCAGAGUAUGCAUAGACUAAGCUGCGUUAGGGAGCCAGAUUAAAUCACAUCACAUAUCAUAAGAGGCUAGACUGUAAGGACCACAUUUCUAGCAAACAUCACUUCGAGCAAGAGUUGAGCACUGAUGGCAUCAAGUACAAGUCCACCUCAACGCCAUUCCAUGCGAAAGCACACAAGGACAUCGUUGAUUGGAGAUAAAA